CGAAUGUAUCUUUUGACGUUUUUCAGGACAUUGAAAAGUUGAUUUUCCGCACGAUUUGAUUAAAUGGGAGAACCAACAAUUUUUGAUAGAAUGAUCAGUCAUCUUCGUGCGACGUGCAAGUAUUAUACUGGUUACCCGAAAGAUCUUGGGCCUUCUAGAGUCAUACAUUUUACAUCUGAACGUGAGUUUGUCCAGCUCCUUCAUGAAGGUUAUCCAGUGGUUGUUGCUUUUACUGUCAGAGGUAACUACACAAAGCAUCUUGACAAAGUAUUGGAGGAAGCGGCAGUUGAGUUUUAUCCAAAUGUGAAAUUUAUGCGUGUUGAGUGCCCAAAGUAUCCUGGUUUCUGCAUUUCACGGCAGAGAAAAGAAUAUCCAUUUAUCGAGAUGUUUCAUAGUCCACAACAAGCAUCUAACCAAGGAAAGAUUGCUGAUCCUAGCAUUACGAAGUACUCGGUGAAAGUUUUACCCUUCAACUAUGACCUCAGUGCCUAUGGAUUCAGAGAAUUUUUUAAGCGCCAUGGGAUAUGGACAUUGAAUCAAAAGUAAAACGUGAGUAAACCUUUGUAAUUUAUCUGUGAUUCAAACUGGUUUAUGUUUUACAUGGUGGAGAAAAACUCCGUAGAUGUUUGAUCUUUACACACACAUGAAAGUAGUUAUCGAACUAUUUUAUUCUAUUUUUAUCUUUGGUAGUUUACAUGAUACUACCUGGUACACUGAAAUCUAGCAUCCCUUUACAGCAUGAAAAUGUUUAUUUGUAGUUUGGUGGGUUUUGCAUUUAAUCCGGUUAUGAUGGUCACUUUGGUAUA